UUUAUAAACUUUGGUAUGUGCGCCACCCAGCACCAUACCCACAAACUGGCAAGCUGCUUUCCUUAUGCUCUCCCUUCAGUCUUUGCAGAGACUUUGCUGCGGGGCAGCUCGGGCACCUGCAGCGGGCUCCUGCCCUCCUGCCCGCUCCCUGACCGAUGGAGGGAGCGUGGGGAGAUUAACUGGUCACGUCUGAAUGUUGGAUCCAGGAUGGAACAUCCCUGUUCGUUCCUGCUACUCUGUGUUAGCUUUCUGAUUGUGCAGGCUUUACCACCAAAUGGAACUGAAUUACCCAAACCCACCACGACGACAAACUCUACGGAGGAGAACAGUUUACACAAGGACCUGCUGACUUCCAUGCUGAUCCUGCUGCUGGUGUUCAUCAUCUUCAUUCUGUUGGCUGGCUAUUUUUUCAGGUUCAGAAGACAUCGGAAAGCUGUUGUGAACUCCGGUGACAAAAAGAUGCCAAAUGGAAUCUUAGAAGAACAGGAACAGCAAAGGGUGAUGCUGCUCAGCAGGUCUCCUUCAGGCCCAAAGAAAUAUUUCCCUAUUCCAGUAGAAAAUCUUGAAGAGGAAAUAAGGAUCCGGUCAGCAGAUGAAGGGAAACUGUUCCGGGAGGAGUUCAAUUCAUUAACACCUGGAUAUGUGCAGGGAACAUUUGAAAUGGCAAAUAAGGAAGAAAACAGGGAGAAAAACAGAUAUCCUAACAUCCUUCCAUAUGAUCAUUCCAGAGUGAUUUUGUCCCAAAUAGAUGGAGUCCCACCUUCAGACUACAUUAAUGCAUCAUAUAUAGAUGGUUAUAAAGAAAAGAAUAAAUUUAUAGCAGCACAAGGACCCAAGCAAGAAACAGUCAAUGACUUCUGGAGGAUGAUAUGGGAGCAGAAGUCUGCAGUUAUCGUCAUGUUAACAAACUUGAAAGAAAGGAAAGAGGAGAAAUGCUAUCAGUAUUGGCCUGAUCAGGGGUGCUGGACUUACGGGAACAUCCGCGUGUCGGUGGAAGAUUGCAUCGUUCUCGUGGACUACACCAUUCGCAAGUUCUGCGUCCAGUCGCUGCAUGACGGUUGUAAAGCACUGAGGCUCGUUACACAGCUUCACUUCACCAGCUGGCCCGAUUUCGGAGUGCCUUUCACACCUAUUGGGAUGCUGAAAUUCCUGAAGAAAGUCAAAACGUUGAAUCCUGCCCAUGCUGGGCCAGUAGUGGUUCACUGCAGCGCUGGUGUGGGCCGAACAGGCACGUUUAUCGUUAUAGAUGCCAUAAUAGACAUGAUGCAUGCUGAACAGAAAGUUGAUGUUUUCGAGUUUGUUUCAAGAAUCCGUAAUCAGCGUCCGCAGAUGGUUCAGACGGAUAUGCAGUACUCCUUCAUUUAUCAAGCCUUACUUGAAUACUACCUCUACGGUGACACGGAGCUCGAUGUGUCAUCCUUAGAAAAACAUCUACAAACAUCGCACAGUGCAGCGCCAAACCUCGUCAAAAUAGGGCUGGAAGAAGAAUUUAAAAAAUUAACGAAUGUCCGCAUAAUGAAGGAAAACAUGAGAACUGGCAACCUUCCAGCAAAUAUGAAAAAAGCCAGAGUCAUCCAGAUUAUCCCAUAUGAUUUUAAUAGAGUGAUUCUGUCAAUGAAAAGAGGGCAGGAGUAUACAGACUACAUCAAUGCUUCCUUCAUAGAUGGCUAUCGCCAGAAGGAUUACUUCAUUGCCACUCAAGGACCGCUGCCCCAUACCGUGGAGGAUUUCUGGCGGAUGGUGUGGGAGUGGAAGUGCCACACCAUCGUUAUGCUCACAGAAGUUCAAGAGAGGGAGCAGGAAAAAUGCUUCCAGUACUGGCCAUCAGAGGGCUCAGUAACUCACGGAGACAUAAAUGUAGAAAUAAAGAACGACAGUCUUUUAGAUGCCAUAAGUGUAAGAGACUUCAUAGUUACAUAUAAUCAGGGUAACCACGAGAAGCAAAGCAGGCUGGUUCGGCAGUUCCACUUCCAUGGCUGGCCAGAAAUCGGAAUUCCUGCUGAAGGAAAAGGGAUGAUUGACCUGAUCGCAGCUGUCCAAAAGCAGCAGCAGCAGACGGGGAAUCACCCGAUCACAGUGCACUGCAGCGCUGGUGCUGGCCGAACAGGUACGUUCAUAGCACUCAGCAACAUCCUGGAACGAGUGAAGGCUGAAGGGCUCCUCGAUGUGUUUCAAGCUGUGAAGAGCUUAAGACUGCAGAGGCCACAUAUGGUGCAAACACUGGAACAGUAUGAAUUCUGCUACAGAGUGGUACAAGAUUUCAUCGACAUAUUUUCCGACUAUGCUAAUUUCAAAUGAAAAUUCCUGCCUUAUUUUUUAUUUUGUCUGUAUAAAUAGUUGUAUAUUACAUUAAUUUAUUCCAUGUCAUUUUGAUUGACUUUUAUUGUAAAUAUGCCUUUGUGUUUGCUCUAAAAGUUGCGUUUGCUGUACAAAAUUAUUUCUGAAAUAUAAAUAUCUUCUAAAGCAAAGUAUAAUGUUCAUAUACAGUAUAUUACUAUAAGAUGGUAGAGAAAUCUUUAUUCUAAAUAACAGUAAAUUAAUUAUUGAAGUUUUCUUUCUUCCUUUUUUUUUUCUCCACUUACAAUUAUUUAUCAAUAAUGCUGUCUCCCAGUUCUUGAAACUUGACGCAGGUGAUCUACAUUUCAUACUAAAACAGUGAACUGUGGUAUAUAUGGUUAAACUAAACAUGUUUUGGCCAUAAACCUUUCUUCACUGAAGCCAACAGCAAAUGAAAACAGAUGUUUAUCUGGGGACACACACUGCUAACUUACUCAUGCGUACAUGUAAUUUAUUUCCUGGUCUCGCUGAAGGGCAAGGAGACUUGGGGGUAUCAGAAUAUGGCCCUUUUUGUGUAAUACUGUACAGUAUCGCUGAAAAAUAUACUUGCUUUUAAAGUCUGUUUUUAAGAACCUCCCAGUGGAUGGCAGUUCUAUUUUGAGUCUUAAUAAGAUGUAAUCAUUAUAAAUACAGAUCUAGAUUUUUAUUUGAUAUAA